CUCGCACGACGCGCUCAACCCCUUGAACCAAAUGCCCACGCUUGCCCAGGCCCCAGCAGCAGACCAACGCACCGUCCUCCCUCUAGAACGUACAGUAUCCUCCAUCCCCCGUCCCCCCUCCCCUCAACCGGGGGAUGAAACGCCAGCAAAGUGGGAGUACCCCAGCCCACAGCAGUUCUAUAACGCUUUGGUGAGGAAGGGCUGGGAGACACCAGAGGAGAGCGUGGAGACUAUGGUCGAGAUACACAAUUUCCUGAACGAGGCUGCUUGGGGAGAAGUGCUCAAGUGGGAAGCGCGUGAUCCGAAAGUCGACUUGGACAAGAUCGAGCUCGCCCGCUUUCAGGGCAAGCCAGGCCAGCUCUCGCCCAAAGCCCGCGUGCACCUGCUCGCAGCCUACUUCUUCCCUUCCCAAUUCUCCUCCGACCCGCCAUUCGACAGGCACGACUGGGUCGUCCUCCGUCCCUCGGGGAAAGAGGUGCGCUAUGUGAUCGACUACUAUUCUGCGCCGCCGGAGAAGGAUGGGAGCCCGGCCUUCAAUUUGGAUGUCAGGCCUGCGCUGGAUAGCGUGGGCAGUAUCAAGGAGAGAAUUGUCGUAGCUGCGGAGGGGGCAUGGAAGGACUGGAAGAAGCGGGAGGGCGAGCGCCGUUGACGCGUUGACCAGAGUUGUUCCCAUUUUUCUUCGUUCUAUGCACGUAUUUGUACUGUUGGCAUUAUCAUUGUUCUCUUAAUCACUACUCUCGGAUCUGGAUUUCUCAAAGUGCUUUCCAGAAUUCCUACCUGUGGCAAUAAA